GUUUGAUAAGCAAACCGUUAAAACCAGCUGUACCAUGUCCGCACCGACGAACGAAACGAGCCUGAAAAAUUACAUCAAAUUGCAAAUGCUGAUGAAGCAAACGUGUAUCGUUUUGCGCGCCAUAUUUUGUGAACGCUGGGAACUGAAAACCAAACAACAGUGGGCUCAUGUGCCGGAUCGUAGAAAUGAAUUGAUGAACGGUUUCGGUAGUGAUGUGUUCAAGAAGUCUGGCAAAUUACAGAGAAAAGUUUUCGAGGAUGGUGACAUCAAUAAGUUUGAUGCAACGACGCUAUGCCAACUGAUUCAAGCGAUCGACGUUAACAAUGUCGAAAACAAGAAUAUAAAGAACAUUAUUGAGGUGCGUAACAAGUUAGCCCAUCAUCCCACACAAGAAGUGGAUGUCGACGAAUUCGCAUCGUUGUGGCGCAAGUUAGGCGAUGCGCUGAUAUUUUUCGGAUUUCCGGCGAGUAAAUUGAACGAGUUUUACGUUGCUAAAAGUUUCGAUGGGAUUAGCUUGACAAAUACGAAGGCAGUAAGUGCCGAAAACGUUUCUCGCGCAAAUCAACUCAAAAUGGAAGCGAAUGCAGCGUUCCGCAGACAAGACUAUAGCCAAUCCAUUGAUUUAUACACAGAGGCUAUCGAUUUACCGGACCUGUCUGAAGACGUGCUGGCGAUUUUGUACUCAAACCGAUCAUCUACUUACCUAAAAUUGUCGAAGGACAACAUCCGGCAGGCGGGCGAUGAUGCGAAAGCAGCAAUCAAUUAUCGUCCGACAUGGUGGAAAUCGUAUUACCGAUUGGGAUCGGUGUACGAAGCAAAGAAAAAGUAUGACAAGGCAAUCAUUGCCUACAAUAAAGCGCUCAGUCUUGAUCCAGCGCAAUCGCAGGUGCGUGAAGCCCGAGACGGUUGUCGUGACGAGUUGGCCGUUAUGGAACGAAGCGAACACUUAGACCCACAGAAAAUGCCGUCGAGUCUCGACGAGCAACUCCUAAAGAUAUCAAAACGUACGGGAGCUCGCAAUACGACGGGCGAUGCGUUGCAGCAACAAAUGAAAUUGGCCAGAAAGUCAGGAGAUCCGUUCCUUAUUGCAGCUGCGGAUGUUUUUCUCGCUCACAGAUAUUUAACUGGUAUGGAUAAUGUGCCGAAAAGUUACGAAGAAGCUGCUCGGCUGUUCGCCAAAGCUGCAGCGACUGAAAACGCAGAAGCGAUUUACAAUCUUGCCAUCCUGACGAAGCAUGGAAACGGAGUGAAGAAAAGCAUUCCUGAAGCGCUGAGACUGUUUCACCGCGCUGCAGCACUGCCUCCGAAAAUCGCCGACACAAUGACAAACAUCGGCGUCGCAGAAGCUCAGCAUUCGCUCGGACUGUGCUAUCAGGACGGUGUUGGAGUCGAUCCGAAUCCGGUGGAAGCGGUGAAAUGGUAUGAGAAAAGUUCGGAGAACGGUUGCAGCGCUGCCGCCCACAAUCUUGGCUGGAUGUACGCCGAAGGUAGAGGUGUGAAGGCAAACAUUGAACGUGCAGUACAAUAUUGGAAGAGUGCGGCCGCUGGUGGAAAUGUACUUGCAAUGGAGACAUUAGAACGUCAUUUCAUGAAGGUGCUAGAUUUUAAACAAGCGAAUCAUUGGUGGCAGUGUGCACUGAAAAAUGGAAGUGUCACGGCGUCGCAGCGGGCGGAAAUUCACUCCAAAACAAAGAACGUCGAACCGGAACACAAAGAUGAUUUUUACGAAGCAAAGAGUGCCAUCGAUGAACUGGCGUUGAUAUCGUACGGCAACAAUAAACAGUCGCCUUCGAGAAGCGGAUUCAGUCGUCGGCCAGACUUUCCGGAACUUCUUCGACGGGCGCAGAAUGGUUCGAUUACCGCCAAUAAUCUGCUUAGGUCCUUCGACCACUUCAUUAAAGGAACGGACUUGUUUAAAACGAAAUUCGGAGCGCAGAACCAGGUGACAAACUUAAAAAUGAUUCAUCACUUCGCAGAAUCGUAUCGCAUAGAGUACAUUGUGCCCAUAUGGGUACCGGAGGAGAAAGAUGCACUGCAACGCUACAUUGAACAACAGUUGAAACAAGUGGCAGCUGCGCAACCGCCCAGUGACUUUGAAUUAGAUCUGCGCGUCUGUUACAUUUCGUUUAGAGUUGAGGCGAUGGAAGAAAUGCUGGAAUUUGCCAAUGUUUCCAUGCAACGAUUCCCGAACGAAUCUUACUUCCAUGACAUACAACAAUGUAUUCUCGGUUUUCUUAGCCGAUACGACGAAGGACUGCGCAAAGCGAAUCAAUCGCUGAAGCUGUUUCCCGAUUGCAUUCAUCUGCGGUAUAACCGAGCCGUUCAUUCGCGCUUAUCGUUACCUAAAGAUCAAUCGCAUCGGGGUGUCGAAGCGUACAAAAGUUUCAUAGAAGUUGCACCCUGUGAUCAUCGUAAAUUACCAGAAUGUUACUAUGUCUUGGCAACGUAUGCGUUGGACGAUAUCGCGGUAUGUCGAAAAUAUUACGACCUCGGUCUGCGUGCAGAAAAGGAGCAACUGUCGUGUUUCCUUCCGUACGAAUCGAAUUCGAAGAAAGUAGUAACCAAUUUGCUACGAAUGAAGUCUGGGAUGAAAAGUUCGAAUCGUCGAUCGACAGCCCAUACCAGUUCAAAUGUUGACGAUCGAGUCAACGCAACGAAACCAACGGCGAUCCAAUUGAGCAGUCCGUGUCGCGUACAGCUCACUGUUCCGCAUCGGAAUUACAUUGCGGCCAUUGCGAGCAUUAAAAACCCUGUUUUGACCACCACAAAGGCACACAAACAGCAACGAUCACCAGCUAGUUUGGUUGGCCUGAAGUCGAUCACGUUCAGAGAAAUGGAUCCGACGAACGAUCACAUCUACGAAGGUUUCGUUUUGCAGGUGACAUGCGUUGACGAUAUUGCUGUUGGCAGCUCGGUGAAACUGAUUUUAGCUGACGAACAUUAUGACUAUCAACGCUGUUUUGUGUACAAUGCUACCGAUAUGUGGAGUGCUGAUCAGAUCACGGAAAAAUUGGGAUUCGGUUCCAGUUUCAGCAUUCUGAAUCCGUACAUGCGAAUGGGUGCGUUAGACAUGAAGCCGGGAAUCCGAAUCGAUGAUCCACGUUCGAUUAUCAAUUAUUCGACAGCUCAAUCCAAAAAGUGUCGCUUCUGUUUCACAGUUGACAACAAUCAUAAAACUUGUGCUCGUUGCAAGCGCGUUUGGUACUGUUCCAAGGAGUGUCAGAACAACGACUGGAAGCUGUUGAAACACAAACUAAUUUGUACCGCCACUUAAUCAUUCUGUUACUCAAAAAUCUGUCGCAACAAAAAAGAAUUUAAAUU